GCACUAGUUUCGUUUCUUGAGAAUAGAUAAGUUUCGUUUCUCUUUCCUGCCUGCUGUCAUUUUGGUGCGUCGUCAUGGCGGACGAGGACUUCCCGCAGCACUCCCUGCUCAGUUUAAGUGACGAGCUGACAUGCAGUAUCUGCCUGAGUAUUUUUGACCAUCCGGUGACAACACCUUGCGGCCACAACUUUUGCCAGCAGUGCCUGCUCGAUACUUGGAAGGAAAGCUACAACUGUCCACAAUGUCGUUGCGUCUACUAUAUCAAGCCGGAACUUAAGAAAAACACUGUCCUCAGUGCCGUGGUAGAGACAUAUAAAAUGCGCUCGACAUGUGAGGCGAAGACGACCCAAUACCUUUCCGGUGGAAUGGCGGAAAGCAAAACGACCACAGAUGCCAGCGUACGCUGUGAUACGUGUAUGACAGCCGAGGCGGUCAAGACUUGCCUCACUUGCAUGGCCUCCUAUUGCGCCGAGCACCUGCGUCCUCACCGCGAGAACCCGGUGUUCCGCGUACACCAGUUGACCGACUGCGUCGAUGAUUUGUUGGAACGCAUCUGCCCAGAUCAUCACAAACUCAUGGAGCUCUUCUGCACCCAGCACGAUUGCCUCAUCUGCACCUUGUGUUUCCAGCAAACGCACAAAUCCUGCGACUUCAUCUCACCCGAGCAGCAGAGGGCCAAGCAAGAGUCUAGCUUGAGACAGAAGUUGGAUUUCGUGGACAAGAAACUUAAAAAGAAUGAAACUGUUUUAUCUCAAAUGGAAGACAUAAAGCUUGCCCUAAAGGGCAGUGCUACCACCAAGAAGAAGGCUAUGGCCAAUGAGUAUCAACAGAUCAGAGACAUGCUGGCUGCUGAGGAGCGUGCCGCUAUGAGCGUAGUGGACCAAGAGCUGGAGUCUUCUCAGACAAAACUCAGGGUUUUAAUGAAAAGGUUUUCUGAGAAUAUCGAUAGCUUGAGCACGUCUAAAGCAGAUAUCCAGAGUCUACUUUCUCAGUCACAAAAAAUUUAUUUUCUGCAGGUUUCACUUAACUUGCCCAAAGCUGCAACUUUUGAUCCUUACACUCCUCGAAUCAACUUGGACUCCAAAUUAUUGACAGCAAAUGAGGAGUUUGCAGUUAAUCUGAAGAAACAGAUGAAUUACAUUCUGAGUCAGCCAGUUAAUGCCCGACUACCAAUAAUUAAAACAGAGAACAUCCCGACAGUCCACCCCAUGAAAAGCGCUCCUCCAGCAGCCAAGGCAGACAAGGUCAAAUAUGACAAGAAGACUUCACAAAAAAAAAUCUUUAAGGCCAGGCAACACCCGGAACCCAGCAAGAUUGGUAUGCAAAAAUUGUCUUAUUCUAUGGAAAACCUGUUGUGUGAUACGAAACCAAAACUCAGACCCCACCUAUCUGAGACACCUUCUGAACCCAAGGAAAAAACAGAAAUGAUGGACAGCCCUACCAACCUUAUCGGUGAAAAAAGACACAACCUUCUGAAGUAUGGCACUGCAGUCAGUUUUGAUCCAAUGACAGCGCACAAACGCAUCAUACUAACUGAGGGCUUCACUAGGGCAUCUGUCUCAGACCAACCUAAUUCCACGACAUACAACGACUGCCCCGAACGCUUCUCUGUCUGCUCUCAGGUCGGACUGUCAGUAGCAAAAUCAGUGGCGUGCUCCCCACCACCUGCAACAUUGACGUUUUUACAUUACUUACAGUGGCAGCGGCUGGUGCCGCUGCUGCUGAUGAUACUGCUGCUGCUGCUGCUGCUGCUGUGGCUGCCGGCCGAAGAGGACUUCUAAGACCCCUCCUCUUCGAAGGGGGCGGAGGAGUUGGCAUGUAGACAUGUAUUUCUGUCAAGUUUGUGUUGGGAGGAGGGGGUAAGGGGGAGCCUAGUCAUCAGCCAAUCAAACGUGCGUUUGAGGAGGGGGAAAAAAAUGGACCGGCACGUUCAGCAAGAAAAAGGGGUAAAUGUAAGUCUGAACAUAAUGAAAAUAAUUAUCUUAAUAAUGGUAGGGUCAAUUCUAUCCAUACAACAUAUGGAAAGACAAUCUGAAUUACAUAUAUAACUGAAGUAAUAGAAUGGAAAUAAGGUUGCUUAAAAGUUGGGGGCGACAAUUUGAGCAUCCUGAAAAGUUGGUCGUGUUUUGUUCCUACCGUCUCUAUGCAAACCUACGCCCUUGCUACAGUACAAUAGAAAAUAAAUGGAAUAGAAAAGAAAAUCAUUAUUCCAUAUUUAAUGUAGUAAUAACAAUGAUAAUUAAACAUUACACAUAAUUUGAUUAAGGGGUUAAAUUAUUAUACCAUGAGUGAGCGUCUAAAAACAUUGAAAACAUUGCAUGAUGAUUACAUUAGGGGUGGGAACCUUUUGGUAACUCACGAUAUGAUACGAUUUGCGAAACAAAGCUUACGAUAAUGAUAAUCUCAGGAAAUGGUGAUACAACGAUUAUCGAUACAUUGGUCAGGAAAUCAUUCCAGGAUAUUUUACAAAACAACAAGCCAUCUUCAUCCUUCUGCUGUAAGUUUAUCUCUAGUGGACUUUCAAUCAAUUUGAACUGGGACGGUGGCAGCGAACGAACCCCAUCCACUUCAAACGGGACCCUCCCACUUCUACGGCCAUCAGUGGCAGCCAAUGCCAAUAUAAGGCGCACCUUAAAUGAAUGAAUGGCCUAUUUGAAAACUGUUUUCAUAUAGAGGAUUAGGACUCAUUGCAUUAUAAAGUGCAGUAGUUGUUGGGGUUGCAUUAUCCAUCCACGAGAUGAAGUGCGUUAAGGGGAUUGUCGUGCCAUGUUUAACUAAUAUUGAUCCAUAUAUAAAGUGCAUCAGAUUAUAAGGCACACUAUGAGCAUUUGAGAAAAUGGAAGGCUUUUAGUCUCAAUUUAUAGUGCGGAAAAUAUGGUAAUUUGUGGGCAUUUCAAGUCAUUGCCUGUUGAUUUUCAGUUACCUUCUGUUGAUUUUGGGGCAUUUUAUGGGUCACUUCCUUUUUUUGUAACUCAAAUUCAACAGCAAGUGACCCGGGUAUCUCCCAAAUGAAUAGGCAGUGACUCAAACUCAACAUAGUGCGGAAAAUAUGGUAAUUUUGGGGCAUUUCAGGUCAUUGCCUAUUGAUUUUCAGUUACUUUCUGUUGAUUUUGGGCAUUUUAUGGGUCACUUCCUUUUCUGUAACUCAAAUUCAACAGCAAGUGACCUGGGUAUCUCCCAAAUGAAUAGGCAGUGACUCAAACUCAACAGGAAGUGACCUGGAAAUGCUCUAAAAUGAACAGAAAGUGUCCUGUAAAUGCCUCGAAAAUCAGGAAGAAUGACUGAAUGCUCUGGUUUGGAAGGAAGAAACGUUCAUUUGCCUUUCAGUCUUAAUGGAUUGGGCGUUGAGCGCCGUCAAUGGCAGCCAUACAGUAAACUGAGACCCUGUUAUGAUGGAAGACUUUAAUAGUAACUUGUUGGUUCCUUUUUUUUUUUUUUUUAACAUUGACACCUUUUUUAAAUUAAACACCCUAGAGUGAGCUCUCAUUGCUGGUGGGAAACGUUCAUGACAGCGUUUACUUACCUUAAGUUUUGUGUAAACUGACGAAUGAGGUCACGUAAAUGUGAAAUCAUAUUUUAGGUGUUGCCUGCACGUCGGAUGUCCUUCCCCCUCUAAGCCGCGGCCUUCUGUUUCUUUUCGGUGUCUGAAAUACUAAUAACUAAUGCUAUUACCAUACUAGCGACUGUCUUUUUUGAGGGGGGGACAAAGUGUAGUGUCACCGACGAAAACAGGACAGAGCAACAACUGAAGGGAGUGGUGAGCGCUGCCGUUACAAGCCACGGAUUUCUCGCUGCAUUUUUGGGACAUGAAAAAUAGCUAAUACCAUAAUACGGUGUGACUGAAAAUUUUAGUAGACUUGAAACCGUGACGUUUUCAUACCACAGUAAACCCUGAAACCGGUAACCAGCACAUGUCUACUAGUAACGUCUUGAAAGGUUCUCAGCUAAACUCCAAUGAGAUUUGUUUAUUAAUUGUUAAAUGUACUGGGUGUGAAUGUACUCGAGCUUUUUGCAAACUGGUGAAACCAAGCAUUAGCUUCUAAAACCUGUCAUUUACUAUCAGUUUUGUUUGACUUUCAAAGCAUAAAUCUUCAUUGGGGUCAUUUUUUCAUGGAAUAUAAAAUGAAUGUAUUUAUGCUCUUUAUGACUUGUCAUUAGAGUCGUGGGUAAGCUAUAGCCUAUCCAAGCUGACUUUGAGCAAGAGGGGGAUGAACCCUGGACUUGCCAGCAAUGGCGUACCACAAGUAACACGUCACUUCCGCUCAUUAAUAUUCAUCACGUUAGCUACUGUUGCUAAGGGAGGACACGCCACCGUUUGUCCCCGAUAGGAAAUGAAUGGAAAUUGUGUACGAAGGAGAUGUUUACAAAGCUAAACCUACCAAUUCUCUCCGAAAAUGAUGUCCCUGGUGCCAAAUACACUUGCAUAGAUGUGUAAGUACAUAAAAAUGUUCAGUUAAAGAGAUGGCUUGAGUGUCGAGGGCUGAAAAAGACGAAAAAAAACGAGCCAAACUUAGCAUAGCCUUAGCUUUUUUAUCGACACUUUUUUCUUAUGCGAUUGACAAUGACAUUCUCCUGUUUCAAUAAGCUAUCCUUUACCACCAGCCCUGUCUUUCCUAUACAUUAUAUCCUCUGGUUGUCCUACGUCUCUGACCGUUCCUGGGGGUAAUUUAUAUUUUGUGUAGCGAUCGCAAAUGCUACUCGGUGACAGCCAACAAACACUUAAUUUUUUCAUCGAUAACAAAUCUUAAUUCUAAAAUUUAUUUACACUUCCCCCUUACUAAAGUUUUUUUUUUUUUACAACAGAAAAGGUAACAGUGGCAGUCAGAUACCAUUUUAUUUCUUUCAGGUUAUUCAUUGUCAUGUCACGCUAAAAAAUAAGUUAAAAAUAUCAAAAUGGCUUACCUCUUUGUCCUCUGAAAGACCAUGCCAACCCGACAAAAUGUUUACUGCAUAUGAAAUGUGAAUGGAUACACCAAGCUGGCAUAUAAAGUCCGCGCAAGUUGAUUCAUUCCUCACAUUUUUUCCUCCAGUUUUUGUUUUCGGGAAACGUAUAAAGAAAACAUCCUUCAUAUGUCGUAAUGUCUAGAGUCGUUUCUACAAGUUCCAAAAAAGCACUGUGUGAUCGGCAUGUUCGUUUUUGAAAGAUUACCAGAGAAAAGUAGCAUGAUUUACAUGGUUUCUAUGCGAGGGCGGGUCUAUAAUGUCCCUCUUCUGCUUUACUUCCGCUUUACGAUGCAACGUCACGGUCUUAAAAAUAGCAUGCGUGCGGUACCCCAUUGCAGGUCACUAAUAGACAAUCAACAUUUAAGAACAAUUAACUUUGAAAGUAAUUAGUGGUGUACCUCACACACAGGUAUAAACCCACAUUUGGAAUUACAGCUCUGAUUCUGCUUACUUCAAGGUUUAAACUUUAAUCAAUCUCAUGGACAAAUAGAGGCAAGGGUAGCCAUUAUUGCAGAUUAUCUUUUUUAAGAGCCGUGGACAAGGCCGAUUCCAGUUUAUUAAGUUUCAAGUUGUCAUCAAUACUGCCAUAGCAGACUUUUUUCGCUCCAUUAAGCUUGAAUGCCAAAGUUGAGGUUUGACGUUUAACUGUUUGCACAUAAUUCCCCCACGAAACAAAGUGUUAAUGGGUACAUGUUCCGAAUGGUGGUGUUUCAUGUCAUACAUUUGGAGUAUUCAUUCACAUAUAGAGUGCACCCUCGUUUCCAUUUUCACACUAUAAAUUACAAUUUACAAAAAUCAUUAUACAAUUUUAGAAAUGUGGAACAUAAGUGCUCAUGUAAAUGCACAUCCUUUGGAGUGUAUUCGCCUCGUGUUGUUCACAAGGCGAUCUCUGCGUUUGUGGCGGUGGAACAACAGGAGUAGGUUAUGUCUGUUGGUUGUGUCUAGAGCUGAAACGAGUACUCGAGCAACUCGAGUAACUCGAGUUUAAAAACUGAUCCGAGUAAUUUUAUUCACCUCGAGUAAUCGUUUAUUUUGACAGCUCUAAGCAUCACGUUUUGCUCGGACUACUUUUAAUGCGGGACAACGCGCUGUCACGUGCGGAGAGGAAGAAGGGGGGGAAAAAAACUUACUGCAGCCGACAGCCGCCACAAAUGACGCCGACGUUGCUAAAUACUAGCCCGCACAAUGCUACGUUGGUACAGGUAGCGUCUCAUAGAGAUCACAUGUAUGUUGAACUAGAUGCUAAAUGACAGACUCGGCCGCGUCUGGGAAGCUUUAGUAAACAGCCGCCAUCUUAAAGCAGUAGAGCGCUAAGCGCUAAUAAAGAGCGCUAAGCGCUAAUAAAUAAGAUUAACGUUACUGUUCUGAAGUAACGUUAGCCCUGCGGAGGGCUAGGUUUCUAUUAAUUAUGACCACUGUCGAUGCUUGGCUAACGUGUCUUACAUACAGGCUUUAACAUAACAUAGCAUUGUGGAGUGAUGAGGGUGUAAAAUAAAAACUUAAUCAUGCUAACUAUCAAUUUUAGCUCAGUAGUCAUUGCUGGAUAAAACACCAAGUAGCACUGGUGCUAAUGUGCUCCAAUACAGCCUGUAUCAUACAUUUAUUUUGAACACUGCAAAAACUCAAAAUCCUAUCAGGACUUGCAGUUUAGACUAACUUAAAACUUAACUAGAACUUAAAAAUGGCUUGACACAAAGAGAAAUUCAAUUGAAAGACGUGGGAAAAAAUCCAAACUUUUAAGUGAUGUGUGUUAUCAAGCGUAACGGCACUUUUAGGUAAGAUAUAUAUAUAUUUUUUUGUAAUAAGAUCUAAAGUUUUUUGAGUCAAAGCAGUGAAUUAGUCUUUUUUUUUUUUUUUUUUUAAUUCUAGUUACAUCUGAGAUGCAAUUGUUGGCUUUUUUCAACAAUAUACAUCGAAAAUAAAGACAUUGAUUGACUGAAAAUGGUUCAAAAAUUAGAUGAAAUGUCUUGUUUUCUCAUGUAUAUUUAUAAUUGCUCUUCACCUAAAAAUAUAUUUGUUUUAUCCGAUUACUCGAUUAAUCGAUAGAAUUUUCAGUCGAUUACUCGAUUACUAAAAUAUUCGAUAGCUGCAGCCCUAGUUGUGUCUGUUAACAACACCUGCCAAUUCUAGAACAAUAAGAGCGUUUUGGCAGUUCCUCGUGUCUAAGUAGCGAAGCCAUUAUUUGCACUUUUUGAGGAAUAAGCGGCAUGGAAAAUGAAUGAAUGAAUGUUCCUGAAAAUCUGAUAGCUUAAUGCUAAUGCAAAUACUCUAAAGCAAGUGCCAAAAAAAAAAUAAUAAUAAUAUAUAUGUGUGUGUGUACGGGACAAUCCAUGUGAUAAUUAUGAUGUUGCUCUAAAGUGUAUAUUAAAGUCAGACACACAAAAGUUGAGGUCUGUGAAUAGUGCCACUGUGUACAAGGGUGUGCUUUGUGAUUCCUGUUUACCAUACCAUUGGGAGUGGUUAUAUUGAACUUUGUAAUUAGAUUGAAUACACUGCUUCAAUGUUGUAAAUGUUUGCUUUGCUAUGUAUGCAAUUACAAAUCACUCUUUCAUGCAUUUUAUUUUGUUGAUGUUUUACAAAAUUCUGAGUAACGUUUGUAAUUACAUGUUAUCGGCAAGUGUCUUGGGAGCUUUGUUUUGUGUUGCAUAAUUGGUGUUACAUAAUUUGCUGUAUAAAAGGGAUUUUCUUUUUCACUGAUGUCACACUUUUGAAUUAUACCAUUACUAAGAAGGCUAUAUAUUGAGUUUAAAAAAAUAAUAAAGUUCAAUGAUUUACAA